AUCCAAAAAAAGUUUCUGCAUUUGGAAAAUACUUGAGAUGUUGAAGCUAAAUUUGGCAUUCGUUUUAAAUGUGGCAUACAAAAUAAGUGAUAGGGUGCUAUAUCGGGAAUACUUCAGCCAUCUUAUCAUCAACUGUAUUGAUAAAACCCUAAAAUAAGACAAACAUAGUUCUUGAAGUUCCAAAUCUUUGUGUUAAACUACUGGCGAAGCUCCGCCUUUUGGGCAUGCGCAAUACGUGAGAAAACCAACCCAAAUUUAUGAAUAAAAUUGAUACUUCGUGUGUUUUUGUUUAAAUCGAACGAAUACUUUCAAGUGGCAACAUUUAAGCAACUAGUGAUACAUUUUUUCUCUCUGUCAAAUGACAACAUGAUACUUUUUAUUUUGACUGGAGUUAUCAUAACUAUUGCUCUGUACCAAUAUUUUGUCCAACACUUCAAAACAUUUUCAAGACUAGGAAUUCCUGGACCAAAACCGACUUUCCUCCUCGGCAAUCUUCCGGAAAUUCUGAAAAAGGGACAGUUGCAAGCCAUCAUUGAUUGGAGAAGUGAAUACGGCAAGGUAUUCGGAUACUUUGAGGGAUAUACGCCAGUUCUCUCCGUCAGUGAUCCGGACCUGUUGAAGGAAGUUUUAGUGAAAGACUUCGAGAACUUCCAAGCUAGAAAGCCUUUUCCUCUGGCUCCAAGAAAAAGUUUAGGAUUGUUCUUAGAAAACGGUCACCAGUGGAAGCGCAGCCGAACCUUGCUGACCCCCGCUUUUAGUGCUGGAAAACUGAAACAGAUGUUUGGAAUAAUGAAUGAAUGCACGGACCACUUACUGGAGAAUCUUAAAAAGAAAACACAUGCUUGCAAAGUCAUAGAUAUCUACGAUCUUUACCAGUGCUUGACGUUGGAUGUCAUUGGGCGAUGUGCGUUUGGAUUGCGUACAAAUGCUCAGGAAGACAACGAGGACCCAUUUUUGAUAAAUGUAAGGAGUCUGUUCAACCGCCUCAGCAAAACCAUGAUCCUCCCAGCAGUCCUGCUUGUUCCCUUCCUUCAGUAUUUCGUUUUUGCUCUGAAGAAUAUCGUUGUUCUGUUCGGAAUGAACCCAGUAGUGUGGAUACGGACGAAAAUGAGGGAGAUAAUUCAGAUCAGAAAGGACAUGGGGGCAAAUGCAAGUACCUUUGAUUUAGUUCAGCAAAUGCUCUUCUCGAAAGCUAAGGACGGAAGUAGCGCCUUCAGCGAGAGGGAAAUCGUAGCGCAAAGCAUGACUUUUCUUCUGGCGGGAUACGAAACUACCAGCACGGUCCUAGCUUUCCUAAGUCACUUAUUGGCCCACAACCAACCUGUUCAAAAGAAGCUGGCGGAAGAAAUUGAUGACAUUAUUGGGGAGAUGGAUGUAAACUAUGAAAAUGUGAAAGACCUUCCCUACUUUGACAUGGUUUUUGAUGAAGUUUGCCGACUCUAUCCAACAGCAUCAUUAAUUGUGACCAGACAAGCCAAACAAACGGCGACCUACAGUGGAAUCACUAUUCCUGCUGGAAUGAACAUUCAAGCGGAUGUUUGGGGUUUGCACCAUGACGAGGAAUUCUGGGAACAGCCCACUGUUUUCAACCCAGAUAGGUUCAGAAAAGAAAACAAACAACAAAUCAAGCCCUAUUCAUUCUUGCCAUUCGGCGCCGGUCCCAGAAGUUGUAUCGGCUCCCGAUUCGCGAUGUUGGAAACCAAGAUAGCCAUGGUGCGCGUUCUGAGGCAGUUUUCAUUUCUACCCUGCGAUGCAUCCAAAGAUAUUGAGCUAGAAUGUCGCGGUGCAAUUGUUCCGAAAAACGGAAUCAACGUUUUAGUCGAGAGCCGGGAUAGAUCGAGGAAAAUUUCCCGGUACAGUUGAAUGGACAUUAUCCGCAGGUAUUUACAAAGACCUCGCUUCUUUGUCUGAGACAAUCCCUGGCAUCACACUAGGAUUUGCAGGAGUAGUCCAAAAAUCGCAGCAAAGAGUUGGAUUAAAUCAAAAGAAUUGAAAUCCUAAGUUCUCAGACAGUUCUCAUUCACGCCUAGAUAUUGAACUGGAGUGCCUUGGUGCAAGUGUUGUAAGAAUUGGAAUUGAACUUUCAAUGACAUGGAUGCAGACAGUGGGAUGACAGCUACAUCUGUGAUAUGACAUUUACAUAUCUUAUGAAUAUAUUUAUCCGUGACUAUAUAGUGUACAUGCGGAUUUGAACUGUGAUAUUGAAUGUCGUUGUAUUUAAACAUUUCCUUGAUGUGUUUGACAUUUUACAAGGAAAAUAUUUGUCAUUGGACCAAUUUUGUUAUUUGUUAAGUUUGAAUUCGCUUUGUCGUAAGAUAAGAAAAAGGUGAAUGAAAAGAGAAAAAAA